AAAAUUUUGAAACUUUUUGCAUGUAAAGAGGAAGCUGAGAAGCUCAUUAUCCCAAAAUUUCAAAUUUUUCCAGUAGAAAACGGCAACAUGAAAUAUCUUGAAAAUCAACCUACAAUAACUGAAUUAAUUGAAAAUACAGUCUCACACAUUUCAAAGUUUUCCUGGAAAACUAGUGAAGGGAAUAUUUUGAAACUUUUUGCAUGUAAAGAGAAAGGUGAGAAGCUCAUUUUUCCAAAAUUUCAAAUUUUUCUAGUGGAAAAUAACAACAUGACAAAUCUUGGAAAUCUACCUACAAAAACUGUAUUCAUUAUUCUUUUGAAUUUUUUAAAUUUGACAAUUUUCUUCAAAUUCCUCAUAAAUUCCUCACAAAUUUCACCAAAUUCCCCAUAAAUUCCUCCAAAUUCUCUAUAAAUUCCUCAAAUUUUCAUAAAU